AUGGUCGAUAAGAACUCCAACAGCCUGGGCUUGCGCGCAGUCCGCGGUUACUACAUGUCGAUAAGGCCCGGAGCGCUAGGUCCCGUGCUCAAUAUCAAUGCAGCGACAACGGCCUUUUUACCUCCAAUACUGGUCUCGGACUUGUUGACUACGUCGCUCAGUCAAAAUACUGUCGAGAGAAUGUUGAGGGGCAAGCGCGUCAGGCUGAUAUACCGACGACAAGAGUUCCAAGAGACCAAGGAUGCUGGAUUCUCGAUGAACGACGAACUCCCGCGCACGAAAGUCUUUCAACAAUUUGGUUUGCCUGCGAGCGAGCAGAAGUUCUUCAUAGUCCUUGCUAACGACAAAGGCGCCAAGGUUGACGUCAGCCCAACGGAUAAUGGUACCACCGUCAUCCAAUACUUCAACAAAAUGAAAGCAAGAAUACCAGGUAGCCUGUCACCUGCUCAACUUCUAUGUGUCAAUGUCGGCAAGCGCGUUCAAUCAUCUAGAUCGAAAGAUGCAGGCAAACUAGCAUUUAUGCGUCAGCAGACCUUGGACGGCGCUCAGUGGAUCCCUGCUUGUUUACUCGAGAUCCUGCCUUUUCAGCCAAUGACAGGGCAGAUGAACCCGAAGCAUACUGCCGAGAUGAUGAGGCAUGCUUUGCACUUACCCGCGGAGAACGCAGCUCUGAUUGAUGAAGAGGGCCUGCGGAUCCUUGGUCUCAAAGAUCAGAUCGAGGAUCAAAAAGACACGACUAGCAGGAAGUAUCUCGAUCAAGGCUUUCAGCUCGACAACAAACUGAUAUCAUUGGCCGCCAGAUCUUUGAAACUUCCCCGUCUGUCGUACGAGAAGCGCGGUGACCCCGACGUCGAACACACCGUCAGUACACAGCCUCAUACAAAAUUCCAGCCAAUUAUCCACGUCGACCGAUCAGCUUGGAAUCUUCAAGGCGCAGCAUUCAUUAAGCCUGGAACGCUGAAAACCCUUCACGUCGUCGGGCUGCCGGGAUGUCGUCAAGAACUCAAAUUGGCUAUUGUCAAAAAGGAUUUCACUGAGCAAUUGUGUGCUCACCAUGUUCACACCACGCCUGGAGACCAUGAUAAUCAGUUGGGGAAAUCUGGAAAUGUCGAAGAAUACCUCAAAUGGUGGUUCACGGCGUGCCAGCGGAACGACUGCAACCUUGUCUUAUUGGCCGAGAAAGACUUCGACAUAUACGCAAAGAUCAAACGGACUGGCGAUUUUCAAGGGUACCACACCAUCUGCGCUAUCGGCAGCAAAAUCCAAGAUGACAGGAACAAUGAUCAUAACAAGACCGGCAAUCGUUGGCAGCAUUUCUCAAACUUAGCCCUCAAAGUCAAUUUGAAGUUAGGUGGGGACAAUCACUGGCUUGACAACGAGAUGUUGGAUAAGCUACUAGGUGGAGAGGAAUCCAGACGAAGCACCAUGAUCUUGGGAUCAGAUGUCACCCAUCCCGGCAACGGCUCGAAGAUUGGUACACCCAGCAUCGCCGCCGUGGUGGGUACUGUUGACGCUCAGUUCAUGAGCUAUCGCGGUUCGAUGAGACUUCAAGCUGGUGGCCAAGAACAGAUCGAUGAGGUGAAUCUCCGCAGUAUGGUCAAAGAACGGCUCGAGACUUGGAGGUUGUGUAACGAUGACAAGCUUCCGACCAGAAUUUUGUUUCAUCGCGACGGCGUCUCUGAGUCGCAGUUUGUCAACGUGGAGAAGUCUGAGAUCCCGCAGAUCAGAGAGGCGUAUGUUGAUGCUGGAGGCAAUGCUAAAGACCUCAGUAUAUGCUUCUUCGUUGUCAGCAAACGUCACCAUACACGAUUCUACGCUGCCACCAAGAACGAAACAUACCAAUCUCGAGAGAAGACCCAGACCGGAUCCAGAUUUUAUCAAAACGGCAACAUCAAAGCUGGCUUACUUGUAGACAGUGUGGUCACGGCGCCUAAGCCCCUGAACUUCUUCUUGCAGUCUCACACUGCGAUCAAAGGCACCGCGCGUUCAGCCCACUACUACGUACUCCAGAACGACACGGACAUUGGGACCGCGAACCUGCAGGAGUUGACGAUGAUGCUAUGCUACACCUUUGGUCGAUCGACGACCGGUGUCUCGUACGCAACCCCGGCAUACGCCGCGGAUAGGUUAUGCGACCGCGGCAGAUCUUACAUUCGUCACUGGGCAGAGGAUGAAUUUGCCGAUCCUAUCUUUGAGUACGACACGUACCAUGACGGAAACGGAAAAGAGCGCAAGCCCACCGACGUCGAGAUCUUAUCCGAGAAACGAGUGAUGGUUGAUAAGCUCUUGCACUCUCCCGAAGUCUGGGGCAAGAAUUACCACGACGACCCAAAUGACAACGGUAAGCCGCUCAGGCUGAACCCAUGGCACCCAAACCUCGACCAAGGUAUGUUCUGGAUGUAA